ACGUGAAGGAGGGGCUGGAACCAGAAGAAUGCGUUCCCGCCCCAAAGCUGACGUGUGCACCGAUGCCGGCCGGGCUCUUAAAAGCCCCAGCGGAGCGCGGGGCAUCCUAGCAGAGCUGGACCGGAGGCGAGCGGGAGGAGGCCGCGGAGGACUGGAGCUGGCUCCCUGGGACUGCGGCUGUCACAGCAUCCCUGAGUGAGGGACUCACUGGGGGGCGAGCCAGGCCCCGCGGAAGUUGCGGGUGUAUCCCCAGGCCCGCACCCCUUUCGGACCGCUCGAGGAGCCUCUCGCCCGGUGCAGGCGCCCAUCACUAAGCACAAAGCACGUUUCCAAAAAACAGCGCAAAGGAGAGCGCCCGAGCCGCGCCCCUGAGCACAAACUCCCUCUUUCCCUUUGUUUCUGGGAGUCGACCAGCCGAUCUCUUCCCCAGUCUUAAGUUAUUCGCAAGAGGAGGGCCGCCGAGGUUAGGCUGUGAAGAUGCCCCUGGAGCUGACUCAGAGCCGGGUGCAGAAGAUCUGGAUCCCGAUCGACCACCGCCCCUCGCUGCCCAGAACCUGUGGGCCAAAGCUGACCAACUCCCCAACAGUGAUUGUCAUGGUUGGCCUUCCAGCCCGGGGUAAGACCUACAUAUCCAAGAAGCUGACUCGCUACCUCAACUGGAUUGGUGUCCCCACGAAAGUGUUCAACGUUGGAGAGUACCGCCGGGAGGCUGUGAAGCAUUAUAGCUCCUAUAACUUCUUCCGCCCUGACAACGAGGAGGCCAUGAGAGUCCGGAAGCAGUGUGCCCUCGCUGCCUUGAGAGACGUCAAAAGUUACCUGACGAAGGAAGGGGGCCAAAUUUCAGUUUUCGAUGCCACCAACACCACUAGAGAGAGGAGACACAUGAUCCUUAAUUUUGCCAAAGAGAAUGAUUUCAAGGUGUUUUUCAUCGAGUCGGUGUGCGAUGACCCUACAGUUGUGGCCUCCAACAUUAGGGAAGUGAAAAUCUCCAGUCCGGAUUACAGAGACUGCAACUCAGCAGAGGCCAUGGAGGACUUCAUGAAGAGAAUUAACUGCUAUGAAGCCAGCUAUCAGCCCCUCGACCCUGACAAAUAUGACAGGGACCUGUCCCUGAUCAAGGUGAUCGACGUGGGCCGGCGGUUCCUGGUGAACAGAGUUCAGGACCACAUCCAGAGCCGAAUUGUGUACUACCUGAUGAACAUCCACGUGCAGCCCCGCACCAUCUACCUGUGUCGGCAUGGAGAGAGCGAGCAUAACCUCCAGGGGAAGAUUGGAGGGGACUCAGGCCUGUCCAUCAGGGGCAGGAAGUUUGCCAACGCCCUGAGCAAAUUUGUGGAGGAGCAGAACCUGAAGGACCUCAAGGUGUGGGCCAGCCAGCUGAAGAGCACCAUCCAGACGGCUGAAGCCCUUCAGCUUCCCUAUGAACAGUGGAAAGCGCUCAAUGAAAUCGACGCAGGUGUCUGUGAGGAGAUGACUUACGAGGAGAUCAAGGACACCUACCCUGAGGAGUACGCUCUGCGCGAGCAGGACAAGUACUACUACCGGUACCCCACUGGGGAGUCCUAUCAGGACCUGGUCCAGCGCCUGGAGCCAGUGAUCAUGGAGCUGGAGCGGCAGGAGAAUGUGCUGGUCAUCUGCCACCAGGCUGUCCUGCGCUGCCUGCUGGCCUACUUCCUGGAUAAGAGUGCAGAGGAAAUGCCUUACCUGCGAUGCCCCCUUCACACCGUCCUGAAGCUGACGCCGGUCGCUUACGGCUGCCGUGUAGAAUCCAUCUACCUGAAUGUGGAGUCCGUGAACACACACCGGGAGAGGUCAGAGGACGCAAAGAAGGGACCUAACCCACUCAUGAGACGCAAUAGUGUCACCCCACUAGCCAGCCCUGAGCCCACCAAAAAGCCUCGCAUCAACAGCUUUGAGGAGCAUGUGGCCUCUGCCUCCGCUUCCCUGCCCAACUGCCUGCCCACGGAGGUGCCCGCGCAGCUGCCUGGACAACCUUUGCUAGGGAAAGCCUGUUUACGAACUGUCUGUCACAUUUUCUCAAAGUUUUCUCCUUAUUAACCUUGGAAAGAACAUGAAUGGCUCCCAGAGCAGCGUCGACUCCUCCCAGACGCACUGAGGCAGACCUGUCGGUUCCAUUCCAUGUCCAUCCCCGCAGCUUAGGUAGGGCUCUUCCCGCCACCUGAGGCCGACCGUCCCAACGACUUCUCCCAGAAAGGGCUGGGCGACGUGGAAGAGGGGUCUACUGGCCAAAGGGAACCUCUGCUCCCAGCGGCACCUGGGCGGCCGAGACCUCAGCACACCUUUCCCGUGUGUGGACAGAAUCCAUGUUUUUGCGGCCACCCCCAUCCCAUGCUCUUCCCACUGUCCAGGCUGUGGCCUCACGGACCCUCCACAAGACUUGGUGAGGAUGAUGAGCCGUGGAGGAGGUGAGGGAAGGCCCUGAGGAGAGGACAGUGGGCACCUCAUGCUGUUUUGUCUCAUGUCUGUGACCUUGGUCUGAAAUGUUCCCUGCUGGGAAGGUGACACUGGUCUCAGAAUCCUAAGAUUAAAGGGGCCUACGUCCCAGUUGCCGACGGUUCAGGGAUGUAGAAAACGUUCAUCAGGCUUGUUGGUGCAUCUUUGUCUGGGAUGUUGACCUGCGAAGACAAGCUGCUGGGGUGGAGCCGGCCAGAGAGCCCGUCUGGAGGUACAGACAGAAGUCCCUGAGCUGGACUUGCUCAGCAGUGACCCUCUCCGUGUCCACACACCGUCCCCAGUCUGUGCUUAGCCGCUGAAGAUGUUAGACAGUGUGGCGGUGUUGGCAAGAGGAAAUGGCACCGGGCCCUCCCCCUGGAUCAGAGGCACCUGAGUGAGACGUGGCUUCUGUGGCCUGCUUUGCUUUCAGAUUUUUUUUCUGGCAGAACAUGUGAAAAUCACAGCUUCCCUUCAGGAACUUAGAUGUCUGGGUUUUGUGCCUCUGGAAGAAUGUGUGGAGUCAGGCAUUCCCAUGAGAGGGGGAGCACAGAGGAACCCCGGUAAAAUGGCUGUGGAGCAAGAGCUCAGAACAUUGCAAGACAGCCCCUGGGAGACCGCAUGGAGAAGAGCGAGGAUCCAGCCUUCAGGACAUUCAUCACUUCUUAUAGUUCCUUGUGGGGACAGUGGCCCCAGCCAGGCCCCACUCUGGCCGCUCCUCCAAGAGGCUGUGUUCAUGGCCGCCUGCAGGAGUCCGCUCGUUCCCGCACAUUUUCACGGAGCAUCUGCUGUUUGCCUGGCAUGGUGUUGGGAUUCCUCGGGAAAUGUUCUCUCUUGCUUUAGUGGCACCUGUGACAUUUUUUUUUUUUGGGGAGGGGGGGGCAUUUUGAGCAGGAAUUGGGGAACAUGUGAUUCCAAAUACCUGUGGUUUCUAUCUCCUUGUUGCCUCCAAGUACAGGGUGUCCUGAGGUCCAGAAGAAACGGUAUGGAGGCAGCUUUGGUCCAAACAACCCUUUAAGGAUCUUUCUAAAAGCUGGUGCCAAAGGUCGUGUUCCUUUCCUGCCCUCUGCUUUUGAGCCUGACCUCCUCACCCCGCUUAGCCUAUGAGCUAGCUGAGAGUAGGGGUGGGCAGGCUGAGACAGCAGGAGUGGGAAGUGGAGAGAACAGCUGUUUUUUACUUGAGAGGAGCUUGAGAAGUGGGAUGUGCUUCAGAUACCAUACAAUAAAAUGUGAGAUUUUCACACCAAUUCACUCAACCCCUGUCCCUUACUCGGCAGUCUGCCUGAGAGGAUGUGUGUGUAACAUUCUGUGCCACGGAAGAUGGGUUGUUUUUCCUCUUUCUCACUAUCUCGUGUCUACUUGACGCAAGUGUGUGCUUGUAGGGUGGCGUGUAUUUAGGCAGAGGGGCCUGUGGUUCUGCUCUUGAGAUAGACUUCAUCGUGUCCCACUUUCUGGCAUUCUCUUCCUGGCUGUCAGAGCCAGCUCUGGUUUUUGACUCUCCUAGCUGAUUUGAGUGGGGCUGUGUGAAGGUGCACACCCCUCACGUCGGACAGCCUGAAGUAGGUACAGACAUAAAUGAGGCUUUGCCUCCCACAAACGUAGUUGUGAGGGCCUGGUUGGGGCAGAGGCAUGACUAUGGAUAGGGAGGGAGCCUUGGAGGAGCAGAAUGCUGCUGAGGAAACCUCUGAGGAGGCGUUGGAUGGAGGGUGUAUGGGAGCUGCAGGCAUGAAGCAUCUGCUAUUUCAUUGCCUCUCUCUCCCUGUUCCCCCACAAAAAUUUCUGGGACCAAUUUUUUUUUUUUUUUUUAACUUUGCAUAUUUGUUUUUGGGUAAGUGUGCCCCUCUCCUUUUUCCUGUCCUGAGAGCAUGGACAAAAUUCUUGGUUUUGCGGGGAGGAGAAAAACUGUUUGAACCACACCAAUGAUGAUUUCGUUUGUAAUACUUGAAAUUUAUUUUUUUAUUAUUUUGAUAGCAAAUGUGCUAUUUAUUUAUUUAAUGUGUAUAAGGGAGCUUGAAAAUAGAAAACCUUUUACAUUGGGUCUAUUGUUUGUCGGUUGGUUUGGGGCCUUUUAUGUGCGACUUAAGACUUCUCUGCAUUCUGUAUAUUUGUCUGAAUUAAUUACCUGGGAGGAAGCUGUGCCCGCUUUCACACAGCGGCUGCCUUUCAGAAAUUUGUAUAUUUUGCAGUUGCCAGAACAAUAAAAUACCCAAUUGAAAUACA